AUGCUCCCGGCUGUUGAGGCCGCCAAAAUCUACCACACCAACUACGUGCGUAACGCCCGGGCCGUGGGGGUGCUGUGGCAGGUGUUCACCAUCACCUUCGCCGUCAUCACCGUGGUGGUGUUCAUACAGCCCUACUGGAUCGGGGACAGCGUGCACACGCCGCAGGCCGGAUACUUUGGCCUCUUCCACUACUGCAUCGGGAACGCGCUCACCUCGGAGCUCACCUGCAAAGGGAGCGCGAUGGACUUCGGCUCCAUCCCGUCCGGUGCCUUCAAGACCGCCAUGUUCUUCGUGGGGAUCUCCAUGCUGCUGGUGGUGGGCAGCAUCGUCUGCUUCAGCCUCUUCUUCUUCUGCAAUGCAGGGAGCGUCUACAAGAUCUGCGCCUGGAUGCAGCUGGCCUCCAGCACGUGCAUGGUGAUUGGCUGCAUGAUCUAUCCUGACGGCUGGGACUCGGAAGCGGUGAAGCGCAUGUGUGGCCAGCGGACCGACAAAUACACUCUGGGCAACUGCACGGUGCGCUGGGCCUACAUCCUGGCCAUCAUCAGCAUCAUGGACUCCCUCAUCCUCUCCUUCCUGGCCUUCAGCCUGGGCAGCCGGCAAGACAAGCUGCUGCCAGAGGACUUCCAGGUGGAGGGGAAAGAUAAUGCCUAGGCCCCCUGUGGACACCGGAGGGAAGAGAUGGACGAGACUUCAUGAGGAGCGCUACGGACCCGAGAUUCACACGUACUGCAAGGCUUCAGGACAGUUAAUUACAAUCUUUAAAUAACUCGCCAUAAAACGUUCACCCUGUCCUUAACAUUGUGACAUCUUAUUAACUGACUUUGAAAACAUGCGAGGAGUCACUGUCCACCUCAUGACUUCAUGUUUUGUUAGUUGAUUGCUACUGUAUUUUUAGACUAAAACAAGGGAGAGUUAGUGCUGUAGAUUUUUUGCUACAGCUCCUUUUUACUUUGGAGAGAAUAGUUAUACAUUUUAUACAAACUCUUACAACUGACACCAUUCAAAUUAAAUAUGUUCAUCAUUUGACAUGCAAACUAAUAACCGUGGCGUAUUUAAAGAACCAUUGGGAGUUCUUUUAUGGGCCCCUUGUGCUAAGAGUGCAUGGUAAACUACUAAUGCUUUAGUCCUAUUGGUAAUGGUGCACUUCAGCCUAUAGUGGCAGAAAUUAGUGUUACCGCAACACGCUAAAAGUAUCCAUAACAAAAUCACCUGUUCACACCGCUUUGACAUAAGAGCAACAUCAGAAAACUCAUACUUUCUGGAUUAGGCUGGACAUCCUAAUAAAAUAUUCUCCAAACAGUUCUCUAAAUAAACUUGGGUCAUGGAUCUGUUAUUGCUUUACUGUAUGGUCCCCCAUUAGAUUCCUAAUGACGUGUGUUAAUACAGACUUCACGGGGAUGUAUGUCCUUGUGUGUUUAUGUGUUUCAGAGAACAGGAACACUGCAGUGGUGAAUUAUGAGGAAGAUAAAAGCUAGUUAAUUUUGAAAAAUGUUUAUUAAUAUUACCUAGAGAAAAUGAACAAAAGAAGAGCAGUCAUGGACAGAAGUAGGAGACUUUGUAGAAAAACAAGCAAACAUGGGCUUAAGAAGCUUCAAAGCAUUACUACACCAUUAGUUUUUAGUACAAUCUUCUGUUUUCAAAUCAAACACCUCCAUGUGCGGCUGAAACCCUAAAAACAAAGCUUUCGUUCCUCGAGACAUUUUCAAAAAGUGUAAAAGAAAUAGCUUAACUCUUUAGUUUGUGUCUUUAAUAUACAGAGCAGAGAGGGAGAGACUAAAGGAAGACUCUUUGGUGCACUGCACUUGUAGUUUGAUUUGACUGUAAAGGGGGAAUAUUAUAUUAAGCCUUUCUUAACAGGCAAAAUAUGAUGGAGGUAUAAAAAGAGCAUGAAGGUGUCGUCUUGUGCAUGAUGUAGGAAAGGAAUCUGGAUGUUUUUCCAUGCUAUUUUGUAUACAAGGGUUUUUUAAGACAACAUAAGA